AUGGGGGAUUCUCGGGUUCUGAGCUCGAAUCUUGCACAAAUUUGUUAUGCUCGAAAGCUGUUUGAUGAAUUUUGCUUCCCUGACGUGUUUAUGUGGAAUGCUAUCAUUAGGUGUUAUUCGAGGAACAAUAUGUUCAGGGACACCAUUCAAAUGUAUAGGUGGAUGAGAUGGACAGGAAUCCAUCCGGAUGGAUUCACUUUUCCUUAUGUACUUAAAGCUUGUGCUGAGUUGUUAGAUUUUGAUUUGAGCUGCCUAAUUCAUGGACAGAUAAUCAGAUAUGGGUUUGGGUCGGAUGUGUUUGUGCAGAAUGGCCUUGUGGCAGUGUAUGCUAAAUGUGGUCGUACUGGUGUUGCAAAAGUGGUGUUUGAUGGGUUAUACCAUAGAACAAUUGUAUCAUGGACUUCCAUCAUUUCUGGAUAUGCACAGAAUGCAGAAUCUAUGGAAGCAUUGCGAAUGUUCAGUCAAAUGAGAAACGCUGAUGUGAAACUAGAUUGGAUUGCUCUGGUAAGCAUUCUGAGGGCUUAUACUGAUGUAGAUGAUUUGGAGCAAGGGAGAUCUCUUCAUGGUUGUGUCAUCAAGAUGGGUCUUGAAGAUGAACCUGAUUUGCUUAUCUCACUUACAGCUUUAUAUGCUAAAUGUGGGAUGGUGACAGUUGCAAGAUCUUUCUUAGAUCAAAUGAAGACAUCAACCCGAGAAUCCCCCAUUUUUCCAGGUGUCCUCGCUCAAGCGAUGUGUUUUUCGCUUGAGUAA